AUGAAGCGAAACAUUGAUAUCUUUGCUCUAGACUUUGAUGCUAUUCUCUCUGCCAUGUAUGUGAUGUCUAUAAGUGGAGAGGGUGCCCAGUACCUGCGUGUUCUAGGUGCUAGAGUGUCUGCUACCCCAGGUGCUGGUGAGGCUGCUGCUCUAGGUGCUGGUGCGUCUGCGCCCCCUGGUCAGCUGUCGGCCCCCUGCUCGUGCCGCUCUCUGGCGCACGAGACCGUCCUCUGGCACCACCGACUUGGUCACCUGUCCAUGCAGCGCCUUCGGGCAAUGCAAAAACGGUACCUUGUCUCUGGUCUUCCCAGAGUUCUCCCUCCCCUCCCGCCCUCGCCUGCUCCUCCCUGUCUUCCCUGUGUCGAGGGGCGGCAGCGCGCUGCUCCUCACUCCUCCUCGUUUCCCCCGACGACUGCUCCCUUGCAGACGCUCCACAUGGACGUGUGGGGCCGAGCCCGCGUCCAUGGUCAGGGUCAGGAGAGGUACUUCCUGAUAGUUGUUGACGACUACUCGCGCUACACCACGGUCUUCCCCUUGCGCACCAAGGGUGAGGUCCCCGAUGUUUUGAUCCCUUGGAUCCGCGCUUCUCGUCUUCUGCUCAGCGAGCGUUUCCACUCGGACUUUCCUGUCCUGCGCUUGCACUCUGACAGAGGUGGUGAGUUCUCUUCCGACCUCUUAGCAGCCUACUGUGCGGAGCACGGCAUCCGCCAGUCGUUCACGCUUCCGGCCUCUCCACAGCAGAAUGGGGUUGCUGAGCGCCGCAUUGGCUUGGUCAUGGAGGUCGCUCGUACCUCCUUGAUCCAUGCGGCUGCCCCCCAUUUUCUGUGGCCGUUUGCGGUCCGAUACGCUGCGCAUCAGCUCAACCUCUGGCCUCGUGUCUCCUUGCCGGAGACUUCCCCGACACUGCGUUGGAUGGGAGAGGUUGGCGAUGCGUCGCGUUUUCGGGUCUGGGGAUCCCGAGCUUUUGUUCGCGAUACGUCCGUGGACAAGCUCUCCUCCCGCGCUGUUCUGUGUGUCUUCCUAGGCUUUGUUCCGGACGCGUCUGGUUGGCAGUUUUACCACCCCACCUCGCGCCGUGUCCUCGCCUCUCAGGACGUCAACUUUGACGAGUCGGUACCCUUCUACCGCCUCUUCCCCUACCGCACUGCCCCGCUCCCCCCCCCGCCUCUCUUCCUCGCGCCAGACCCGGUUGAGCCUGUCGAGGUAGCUGUCGACUCUCGUCCUGCUCGGGGUGUUGAGCCUGAGGUUGCGGGGACUGGGGGUGCGGAGUCUGGGGGUGCUGAGCCUGGGAGUACAGAGCUUGCUUGUGCUGAGUCUGGGGGUGCUGAGCCUAGGAGUGCUACGCCUGGAGGAGCUCUCUCCUCACAGCAGCUGCGUGAGUGGUACUUCCAGUACUGCAGCCUCAGGAGAGGUGCUUCUGGAGCUAGGAGUGCUGCUGGAGCUGGUGCUCGUGCUUCCUCUCCUAGGUGGGAGCUGCCCUCUCCCCAGCAACUUCGUGAGUGGUACGCACGGCGCUGCAGUCUCAGGAGUGGCGCUCCUAGUGUCGCGGACCCUGCUACUGGUGCUGCGGACCCUGGAGUUGGAGCUGCUGCUGCUCCUGCGGACCCGGGCGUUGGAGCUGCUGCUGGUGCUGCGGACCCUGGAGUUGGGGUUGCUACUGGUGCUGCGGAACUGGGGGUUGGAGCUGCUGCUGGUGUUGCGGACCCUGGAGUUGGGGCUGCUGCUGGUGCUGCGGACUCGGGCAUUGGAGCUGCUAGAGCUGCUGGUCCUUGCGAUGCUGGGGGUGCUGCUGGAGCUGCUGGAGGUUUUGGUGCUGUCUCUGCUGCUGCAGGGGGCACCUCGCGGCCGCGGCCGUACUUCGUUCCACUCCUUCAGCAGGUUCUUGGUCAGUCACCUCCGCCUGGUCCCCCUCCCUCUGUAGAGUGUCCACAGCCGGUCCAGUCGCAGUCACAGCUAUCACCUGCCUCGCCACUUCCUCGUCCUUCUCCCUACACUGGUCCUACAGGCGGUCUUACGGAGCGUCGUGAGCCUGAGUCUCGCCCUGAGUCGCCUGUGUCCCGUCCUGAGUCACAUGUUUGUACUACUUCCACCAGUCGCCGUACUCCGCGUGAGCGUCCGCCACAAGUCCCUGGCACACACCGGAUGUCACUGCGUCCCUCCAGUGCUCCACAGCGUGUCCCUCUGCCGUCUCCUCCUGAGUCCUCUCUUCCUGCUCUUGCUGACCCUGAGUCUGACUCUCUUCGUGCUGCCAGUCCUACUGUCACGCGCCUCCUGGCCACUGCUGUCAUUGACCCUUCGUUUGAGUGUGCUGCUGCGUCUGCCCUAGUUGCUGAGCUUGUCGACUUUACUGCUCGCUGUCGUCUAGACUACGCUGCCAGUCUUGUCGCUGAUUCUGAGUCUGUCUGUCCUCCGUCUGUUGGGGGUGAGUGUGCUCUUCGCACGGACGUCCUUGAGGACCGACAGGAGGAUCUUGAGUGUCUUGCAGCCGCUGCGCCCCAUCUUGUGUCCAUGCUAGUUGCCCCUGAGGGAGACCCGGAUGCACCACACAUCCCGACUCCUCGAUCGUACGCUGAGGCGAUCGAGGGUCCCUACUCCUCACAGUGGUAG